CUGUGUUUUCCUUUUUCCGGUAGGUGGGCAUUAACCACCAGCCCCUCUGUGGUCCCUGGGGGAGACCUGGCCCAGGCACAGCAGGUCAUAUGCAUGAUGAGCAAUACCACUGCCACUGAAGAGGCCUGGGCUCACCUAAAUCACAAGUUCAACCUCAUGUAUGCCAAGGAGGCCUUUACGCAUGUGCAUGUGAGAGAAGGUGUGGAGAGGUGUUCUCUCUGAGGCCCACAGGACCUGGCAGAACUGGCAAAGGGUAUGUAGAGAUGGCGGUGGAUUUUGCAGAGUCAGAGGCUGAAGAAGGGGAAGAACACUGAGUGCAGCUCUGUGGCUGGCAGCCAUAUCUUUAUCUCCUCCCCACUGCUAACAUUACUUUUAUUGUGUACAGUACUUUUUUAAAAAACAAAGGUCCCUGUCUAGAUACCAGCCUUUCUUAGAAGGGCCAGUUAGCCAACUAGUGAACUCCUCUGGGGCAAAUACAUUUGUUUUCCCUAAGACAUUAAUAAGUAUGUCUGUAUGCUCAGUUAAAAGCUUCUAACUAGAUAAGGGAAUUAGGGCAACACUCAUUAUUUAAUGUGAAGAAUGAAGUCCCUCACACCACGUGUGAACAGCAUGGAGUGGCUUUUCAUCCUGUCUUGUGAGAAGGCUGACAAGAGUGCAGCGGGGGCUCCACUCAAGCUGUAGAAACCUGGUUUCUGACAUGCCAUUUCUUCCUUGGCUUUCCUCCACUGUUGGCGAAUGGAAGCAUCCUAUUCACUGCAUGUCCCCAGAUGGUACUCGGUCACCUCUCUACCUCCUUCCUGGUAUGGAAGAAGCACUGGUCUUUAUUUAAAGAAUUUGAUCUAAAAUGGACCCCCAGGAGUGCCAGAUGUCACAAUAAAGUAGAUGCUGUUGUCUGGCCCAGCUGGGAGUGCCAGGUUUCUCUUGAGAUAGUGCCACAAUCCCAGUGGGCUCAGACACUGGCAACCAACCUCUUGGCGUGUUUGCAGUCCGCCGCUUAUGCAGUUAAUUUCGUUACUCUAAGAACUCUUUUUUUGUCUUUACAUUUUACUUUGUGCAUAUGUAUGCAUGCACAUGUGCAAUAUGUGGGGGUCAGAGGGCAAUUACUGGGCGUUGAUUCUCUCCUUCUACCAUCUGGGUCCGGGGAAUCAAACUCAGACCUUCAAGGUUGGCAUCAAAGCCGAGGCACCCGCGGCCCUUGGCGGGGUUCUUUCAGGCUGGCGUCCAGGUUUUUCUUGGUGGUGGAUCUUUGUCAACCAGAGUGUCCGCUUACGAGGUUCAGGGAGCACUGCAGACCGCACCCGGGCUGCUUCGUGCAAACGGCGAGCGCUCAGUAGUUACCCUGGAUACACAAACAAAGCCAGCGAGCAACCGCACAGCUGACCCAGGGAUCUCCAGCACCUCAGGAGCAACGACUGCCCGCACUCCCAACAUCCGGUGGCCCUCCCGCCAGGAUCUCUUCCGGUCCCGCCCCUUGAGGGCGGUCGCCACCGGCUACGGAGUCCCUACGCUACCAACUUCCGCAUUGACCCACCCAUCGCGAGACUUUGGCGGCGCAGCAAUGGCAAGACCAUGCCGCGACACUGCUCCGCCGCCGGCUGCUGCACACGGGACACGCGUGAGACUCGCAACCGCGGCAUCUCCUUCCACAGACUUCCCAAGAAAGACAACCCCAGGCGCGGCUUGUGGCUGGCCAACUGUCAGCGGCUGGACCCCAGCGGCCAGGGCCUGUGGGACCCGGCCUCUGAGUACAUCUACUUCUGCUCCAAACACUUCGAGGAAAACUGCUUUGAGCUGGUGGGAAUCAGUGGGUAUCACAGGCUGAAGGAAGGGGCAGUCCCCACCAUAUUUGAGUCUUUCUCCAAGUUACGUCGAACAACCAGGACCAAGGGGCAUGGUUAUCCACCUGAUGUCAGCCAGCUCCGGCGAUGCAGGAAGCGCUGCUCUGAAGGUCAAGGACCCACAGCUCCAUUUUCUCCACCUCCUACUGAUAUCAUCUGCUUCCCUGUGGAAGAAGCCUCAGCACCUGCCACUCUGCCUGUAUCCCCAGCUGUGAGGCUGGAACCUGGCCUCAACAGCCCCUUCUCAGAUCUUCUGGGCCCUCUAGGUGCCCAAGCAGACGAAGCAGGCUGUAGUGCCCAGCCUUCGCCAGAGCGGCACCCCUCCCCUCUUGAACCACGGCCUAUCUCCCCAUCUGCUUACAUGUUACGGCUGCCACCGCCCGCUGGAGCCUACAUCCAGAAUGAGCACAGCUACCAGGUGGGGAGUGCCUUGCUCUGGAAGAGGAGAGCUGAAGCGGCUCUUGAUGCUCUGGAUAAGGCCCAGCGCCAGCUGCAGGCCUGCAGACGGCGGGAGCAGCGGCUCAGGCUUCGACUGACCAAGCUGCAGCAGGAACGGGCGCGAGAGAAGCGAGCACAGGCAGAUGCCCGCCAAACCCUUAAGGACCAUGUUCAGGACUUCGCUAUGCAGCUGAGCAACAGCAUGGCCUGAGGACACACCAAGGCUCUGGUGUGCCUCUUCCUCAGAGGCACUUGAUGGGAACUGCAUCCACCAGGCUGGCCAGAAGUGUCAUAAUAAAGUGGAUGCUAGAAAGAGA